UGUUUUCCCACUUUCUCGCCCGUUUCAACUUUCAGGUUUCAAGCUUCCUGCGAAAAUUUGAUCCGUUAGCGAAGGAGACGAAUCGCCAUGGCUCCUCAUUUGCGAAUCGAUGCAUUAUCAGACGCCGCCAUGGAAGCUGUAAUGUCUCAGUCCGGGAAGCAGCCCAUCGCCAUCGUUGGUUUCCGAGAGGAAUGCCUUGGAUUCGGUUCCAUGGAAUGGAACGUAUGAAGACUUGUACAUCAAUGUUGCUUGUCCAGGAAAGAAUUCAUCACAGCAAAAGAUGCUACAGUUAAAGACAUGGUGGAGGGAGAGGCAAUGGCACACGCGGGCAACCUUUUCAAGGUGCCUGCAAUCUUUAUAACAGCUGUAACAGAUAUAGUGGACAGUGAUAAAUCAACCAUGAAGGAAUACUUGCUGCGGUUACCGCUAAACUCAAGUAGUCAGUCACCCAAAAUGCCUCUUAGACCUCUGACAGGGCACGAGCAUUAUCCAGGAAACGAUAGACCCCUGGGCUCUUAUUUCCAGCACAACUCUAUAUCAAGCAAUAGAAUCGAAUAUAUCUUCCCUGGUCCUCCUAAGUCACGGUAUCAGCCAUGA